AUGAAUGAAGCCCAAGCUAACAUUUGGCUUCAGGGGGAAACUCGGGAGGAGACAAGGAGAAAGGUGGUGGAUUUACUGAAAGCUAAACAGAAGGCAGAACAGCAGAUACAGCUACUUAUUGCGCCCGAAACGUUGGAGGACGUUCGGAAUGUUUAUUCCACAACCCGGUUAACUACCAUGCGGGGAGCCGAAGCCAAAAAGGUCCCUCGGACCCUCGUCGAGCUACGACGACAGGUUCUUCGUGCCGGACGGAUUACGAUAUGCGAGCUCGAGCGCAUGACCGCGCUGAGUCCGUUAACCGAGAGCGAAAAGACGAGACUGGGUCUGGCAGAACAUAUUGCUGCAGUGCGAACGGAGUCCUACACACCGGGUAUGGCCCAUUAUGCGCAUGUUGCCGGAAGGUACCGAAAAAGUUUGCGUCUGCGACUCCAGUUAAGCAGAAUGGUGGAGAAGUUGGGUGUGCGGUCAGAGUGCGCUAUGUAUGCGAAGAAUAAGGCGGAGGAGCUGGGGUUGCUUUCAAGGAGAAGAGUGAGUGAAUUGGGUGUCGAGGCCUCGAGAAGGUUGAAAGAGGUUGAUGUGUUAAGGGUUUCAGGGGGCGCGAUGGCUUUAGUGGAUGAGGCCGUUGCUCAAUCAGAUCAGUUGGAAAUGGCGCUGGCUUUGGCGGAGAGCAACAUAGCUUCUGAUUGGGAUGAGGUGUUGCCUGAAGGACUGGUCAGAGCGCAUGCGCCGGAUGUGUAA